AUGGGAAAUCAAUCAUUCCAAUUUCUCGUCUUUAUUGUUCUACAACUGAUUUUAACAACACAGGCACUCUAUUUUCAUAUACGAGAGACCGAGCGAAAAUGUUUCAUCGAAGAAAUUCCGGAUCAAACAUUAGUUAUCGGAAAGUAUAAAGUAGAAUUAUUCGAUGCAGCAUCCAAUACUUACUUACCGUCGACACCUGGAAUCGGUAUGCACGUCGAAGUAAAAGAUCCCGAUGAAAAAAUAAUCCUUUCGAAAUUGUAUACCAGCGAAGGACGAUUCACAUUUACAUCUCAUACACCAGGUGAACAUGUGAUUUGUUUAUAUUCGAAUUCAUCAGCUUGGUUCGGUGGACAACAAUUACGUGUACAUCUUGAUAUUGAUAUUGGUGAACAUGCAGUUGAUUAUCAACAAAUUAGUGCAAAGGAAAAGCUAACUGAACUUCAAUUACGUGUCCGACAAUUGAUCGAUCAAGUUGAACAAAUAAGCAAAGAACAAAGUUAUCAACGAUACCGUGAAGAACGUUUUCGUGCAACUAGUGAAUCGACUAAUCAACGCGUUCUUUGGUGGUCCAUUGCUCAACUAUUAGUACUUGUUAUAGCUGGAUUUUGGCAAAUGCGACACUUGAAAGGAUUUUUCGAAGCUAAAAAACUUGUUUAA